AUGCUCGUCAUGUUUGCGGAGAAUGGAUUCGUGGAGGAGACGGAGAAUGGAUUCGUGGAGGAGACGGAGGAUGUCUUCCAGGAGAUUGUCCACCAAAACGCGAUCCUCUGGGGGGCGAUGCACUGCUGCUAUGCCCAAAAUGGGGAUUUGAUUCAAGCCAAGAGUUUGUUUGAUAGGAUGCCUCUGCACAGCAUGAUUAUGAUCAAGUCAUACGCGCAAAAAGGUGACGCUGAUCAAGGAAAACAAUUGUUUGAAGCAAUGCCACACAGAGAUCUUGUUUCAUGGAACUCGAUAAUCGCUGUUUAUGCCCAGAGAGGUCGUUUCAAAGACGCUAUACGAGCGUUUUCUUUGUGUUGCUGCUGGGAUUCCUAUUCAUGGAACACAAUUCUCGUGGUAUACGCUUUAGAUGCAAAUAUUUGUGAGGCAAAGAAGACGUUUGAUAGAAUACCAACUUGGAAUUUUGUCUCCUGGAACACGAUGCUAGCAGCAUAUGCCCAGACCGGCCAUGCGUAUUCUGCGAUCCAGCUCUUUUGGGCGAUGUUUCUCCACGGCUUUGACCCCGACAAGGCAGCGUUUGCCAUCGUUUUGACGGCGUGUAGCUAUCUGGGGCUCGUCAAGGAAGCAUCCAGCCUUGUGAGUGAUGCAUUGCCUUAUGUGAUGCUGGAGAACAUCUUCAGAGCAGUUCAGACUUGA